AUGGAAGAAUAACUCAUAAAUGUAAUAUUUGAUCCAAAUUUCUAAUCUUUUGAUUAAGAAUUGGCCAAUUUAAGUAUGGAUAAAAUGAUGAGUAUCUAAUUCUCAGAAGAAUUAUUACAAAAAAAUUUUGCAGUUUUGAUAUCUAUAUUAAAACAAUUGCAUAAGGGAAUGGUAUUGUUAAAUUCUAAAGUGUAAGAUAAUACUGACUGGGUGUAGGUAAAAUAUGAAUAAAUAAUAAGAAACUAAAAGAAGUAAGUGAAACUCCUGAAACUAAAUAAUAGAACAAAGAGACUAUUGAUCAAAUCACUGAAAAAUUAUCGUAAAUGCAUGAAUUACAUGUAUAACAAGAAGUUUCUUAGAAGGACUAUGCAACAAAGGAAGAAUUAGAUUAAACAAAUUAGAAAUUUAGUAAGUCUUUGAUUUACAUUCCAUUUAGAUAGAAUUGUAAAAUAAUAAGAACAAACUUUGUAGGAUUUAGAAAGUGAAUUAACUGGUUAAACCAAGAAAAUAGAAGAUAUAAAUAAUACUCAAACACAAUAAUCUGAGUUAUUAAAGUAAUUAAAUCAAGAAAUUGAAAAUAUCAAGAAAUAGAUGAGUGGAUUCUAAAAUGAGUUACAUGAAGUGGAGGAACGCAAACCAGAAUAGAUAAUAAUAGAGAAGGAAGUUAUCAAGGAAACUCCAAUUCAACCUAUAGCUCUUCCUAUUCAAUAUGCUGGAAAUGAUGAAUAGAUAAAUAAAUUGAAUUAAAUAAUUCUUGAGUUAAGUAAAUAUUUACAUUAGAGUUAGAAUAAAAAUAAGAAUAAUUGUAAUAAGAUCUAGCCAAUUUAAAAGAGGGAUUGAGUAAAGUCAAAGAUACUGAGGAAAGUAAUCCAAUAGAUUUAUCAGAUAUAAAUAAGAAAUUAGAUGGUCAUGAAGAGGAAAUCUAAUCUUUAUUUGAAAUUCUAGAUAAUAUAAGACAGAAAUUAAAGGAUUAAAAUAAUAAUUAAUAAUCUGAUGUAUCAAAUGAGGAAUUAAAUUAAAUGAAAAAUGAAAUAAAGAAAUUGUAAUCAUAAAUUGAAGCUUUGUAAACAUAAUUAAACUUAGCAUCAUUUGGAUAAGGUGAAGAUAUGCAAGAAAAUUAAGUAGCUUUAAUUUUAGGAGAAAUCAAUAAAUUAAGAGAUCAAUUAUAAAUUUAUUGUACAAUAAUAGAUUUUUAAAAUGAGAAUACAAAAAAGGAAAUGAAAAUGAAAAUUGUUUAAGAUCAUGCUGAUGAAGAAUUAGAAAAAGCAAGAAGGGAAUUCAAAAGUAAAAUUGAUAAGAAAGCAGAAUAAACAGAUAUUGCAAAAUUGGAAAAGGAUAUAAUUUAUUUAAAAGAGCAAAUAGGAAAAUCUUAAUAGAGAUAAUCUUCAAUACUUAUUGAAACACCAUUAAAACAAGGGAAUACUGAUAAAGAAUUAUUAAAUUAAAUUAAAGAAUUAUAAUAAUCAAUAAAAGAAAUUGAAAAGUAAUUUGUAUUUAAUUUUUUAUUAGUGAUUUAUUAAUACAUAAAACAUAAAUGAAUUAAAAUAAUUAACAAACUCAUAUAAAAUUAGCUGAAUUGGAGAAGAAGAUUUAAGGCAUUUAAACUGAUAAAAUUUAUAUAGAACUAUAAAAUUAAAGAGAAUAGAUGGAUUUAAUUAAACGUGAUUAAGAUCAAAAUAAAAUUAAGAUAAACAAUUUUGGAAAGAAAAUUGAAUCAAUUGUAACUAAAGAUGAAUUAUUUUAAACUUUUGAUCCUAAAAUUAAAUAAGUAAGAGAUGAAAUCUAAAGAAUUGGAGAUGAAACUAAAUUAAACAUUGAAAGAAAAGCUGAUGCUUAAGAAGUUAAAGAUUUGAAUUAAACAUUCUUAGAUUAAUUACAAAAGGUUGUUACUGAACUUAUAAAAACAUUAGCUAAUAAAUAAGAAACUAAAAAGGCUCUUAUAUAUCUAGAAUAGAAAGUAUUAUAAAACAUAUAUAUAUAUAUAGAUUAAUUAAAUAUUUAUGAUACUUGAAGGAGAUGGAUCUAAAGAUUAGGAUUCCUUAUUUGUAAAGAAGCCUCUCUCUUGGAGUUGUGCUUCAUGUGACAAAGAUUUAGACAAAUACAAAGGAUAAUUGGGAGAUUUUAAAAAUUGGGCAGUGUUCCCUCCAAAAGAAACUUCACCUGAGAGAAUGGGCAAGGUAGAUUUUGAUUCUAUACUUAGUUUGGAAUUGGAUAUAAGAAUAUGUAAGAGAAAUUGAAAUCAAACAGAGAAAAAUUAGAUAAGGAUAGAAAUUAGAAUGAAAAAGAAUCCAGUUAACAUUAAUAAAGCAUGACAUUAAGUCAAAGUUAAACACAAUUACCAAAAAUUAAAUAAUGA